CCGCCUUUCUAGACCCGAAAGUGAACUGUUAUUUUGUUUUUUUCAUUGUUGGGUCUCUCGUAACUCAGAUGACCAUGGAGAACAAAGCCGCGACCAUGGAGAACGGUGAAAUUCCUGAAAACGCCAACGACCAUUGCCCUGGUCCCAAAUCAGAGUCUGCAGGACAAUCUGACGCCUGCCAAGGUUGCCCCAAUCAAGAAGUUUGUGCUACUGCGCCUAAAGGCCCUGACCCAGACUUGGUUGCAAUUGCAGAAAGAUUGGCUACUGUCAAGCAUAAGAUACUGGUUUUAUCGGGGAAGGGUGGAGUUGGCAAGAGCACAUUCUCUGCCCAACUGUCAUUCGCUCUAGCAGCAAUGGAUUUCCAGGUAGGUCUACUUGACAUUGACAUUUGUGGCCCGAGCAUACCAAAGAUGCUUGGCCUACAAGGUCAAGAUGUCCACCAGAGCAACCUUGGCUGGUCUCCCGUCUAUGUCGAGUCCAACCUUGGUGUCAUGUCGAUCGGAUUCAUGCUUCCUAACCCUGAUGAAGCUGUCAUAUGGAGAGGCCCGCGCAAGAAUGGGCUCAUCAAGCAAUUCCUGAAGGACGUCUACUGGGGUGAACUUGAUUUUUUGGUUGUUGAUGCUCCUCCUGGGACCUCAGACGAGCACAUCUCAAUUGUCCAAUUGCUCGAGGCUUCCGGAAUAGAUGGUGCAAUUAUAGUCACCACUCCACAAGAAGUCUCCUUGAUCGAUGUGCGGAAAGAAGUGAGUUUCUGCAAGAAAGUUGGAGUUCAGGUUCUUGGGGUUGUUGAGAACAUGAGUGGCUUGUGCCAACCAGUGAUGGAUUUCAAGUUUACGAGGAUGACAGAGACAGGUGAACAAAAAGAUGUUACGGAGUGGGUUAAGGAAUAUGUGAGAGAAAAAGCACCAGAACUUCAAAAUUUGAUAGCUUGUAGUGAAGUCUUUGAUAGUAGUGGUGGUGGUGCAGAAAAAAUGUCUAGGGAAAUGGGUGUGCCUUUUCUUGGCAAGGUUCCAUUGGACCCACAGCUCUGCAAGGCUGCUGAAGAAGGUAGAUCCUGCUUUGCUGAUCAAAAAUGCCCGGUGAGCGCUCCUGCACUGAAGAUGAUCAUAGAAAAACUAAUAGAAGAGCAUGGGUUCUCAAGAAUGUUGGUAGAUGAUAGUGCGUAGGCAAUUAGCUUUGGCUCCUGGCCCUUGUGGAUCAAAAUUUUGUCUUUGUUCUUCUGUCCCCGUUUAUCUAUGGGACUCGCUAUUUAGUAUUUUCCUAUCUUUCUCUCAUUCUCCUUUUUUUGAAAAUUAGCUAUUAGAUCUGUAAGACCUACACCUACAGAUUCAAUAGCUGAUUUUAAAAAAGUAAGGAUGGGAGAAUACAUAAUGGCAUUUCUCUUUAUCUAUAAUUAAGUAGCAUGAAUUUCAUUUGUUUGUAGCGUUUACAUUACUUUUCAAGUUAUAUGUAACAACAGAGAGUACGUCGUUUAAACAUGACUACUGGCGCUGGUGAAUGUAAUGACCCUUUUUGGCUGUUUCAAAUAAAAAAGAUACCCCUUGUAUCAA